AUGUCUGCGGCCUUUGUGAAGAAACACACAGGGGCGUCACAGCCAGGAGGACAGUAUAAAGCUGAGAGCAAGCCUUGGAGAAACAGCAGCAUCAGCAGGAGGAGUGCGCAAGCCUGUGACACUGCUACAUACUGAAGACACAAAGCUACAGCCAUGGACACCCACACACAUCAACAGAACAAUGCCUCAGCACUCAAAAAAUCAAAGUCUAGGAAGAACAUCAACUACUUCACAGAUGUGCACGGUCUGCCUUGCAUUGAGAAGAUUGUGAGUUCGGUGGAGGACACACCUGAGCCCAUCAGCACUGACAUCACUGGCAAAAUCCCAGAAUGGAUCAACGGGAGCUUUUUAAGAAACGGGCCUGGGAAGUUUGAGAUCGGAAACCAGAAGUUCAACCACUGGUUUGAUGGUAUGGCUCUCUUGCACCAGUUCAAAAUAUCCAAUGGUCAGGUGACUUACAAAAGCCGCUUCCUGUCCAGUGACAGCUACAAAGCCAACAAUAAAAACAACCGCAUCGCAGUGUCAGAGCUUGGCACCAUCACUACACCAGACCCGUGUAAAAACUUCUUCCAGCGCUUCCUGUCAAAGUUUGAGUUACCGAAGCCCACAGAUAACGGCAAUGUGAGCUUUGUGACCUACAAAGGUGAUUAUUACGUCAGCACGGAAACCAAUUUCAUGCACAGAGUGGACCCUGAGACAUUAGAGGCAACUAAAAAGGUGGACUGGAGCAAAUUCAUUGCUGUGAAUGGAGCGACCGCACACCCUCACACUGAGCCUGAUGGAACAACGUACAACAUGGGCAACUCCUACACCCCAAAAGGCGCGUUCUACAACAUCAUCCGAGUGCCGCCGACCAAGAGCACAGCGGAGGAAACUCUGGAGGGAGCCACAGUGCUGUGCUCUAUUCCCUCAGUGGACAAGACCAAACCAUCCUACUACCACAGCUUUGCGAUGUCUGAAAACUACGUGGUGUUCAUUGAGCAGCCCAUCAAGAUGGACCUGUUGAAAAUUGUGACAGGCAAGCUGACAGGGAGCAGCAUCAGUGAUAGCUUUUUCUGGGACCCAAAACUCAACACGAUCUUCCACCUGAUUGACAAGCAGACAGGCGUGGUGAGCUCCGUCAAGUACCUUGCCAAGCCGCUGUCAACCUUCCACCAGAUCAAUGCUUUCGAGGAGAACGGCUUCUUGAUCCUAGACAUGUGUGUUUCAGACGAUGGCCAGGUAAUCGCUAACUACAACAUCCAGAACCUGCGCAAGUCUGGAGAAGCACUUGAUGAGGUGUAUAACACCUUGUGUAGAGUCUUCCCACAACGGUUUGUCCUUCCUCUCAAUGUGGACCACGAUACACCCUACAACCAGAACUUGAACACCCGCCCCAACAGCGCUGCCACCUCUACAAGAAUUGGCAAGAACAAGGUCUUGUGCACCCACGAGGACCUCCACGGCGAGGAUCUGCAUCUGUAUGGAGGCCUGGAGUUCCCUCAGAUAAACUAUAGCAAGUACAACACAAAACCGUACCGCUACUUCUACGGCUGUGGCUUCAGACAUCUUGUGGGAGACACGCUGAUCAAGAUGGACCUACAAGGGAAUCACAUGAAGGUGUGGGAACAACCCGGUGUUUAUCCCUCUGAACCAGUGUUCGUACCCUCCCCUAACGCCACAGAGGAGGAUGAUGGGGUGGUCUUGUCUGUGGUCAUCACUCCAAAUAAGGACAAGAGCACGUUCCUCCUGGUUUUAGAUGCCAAAACAUUUGAGGAGCUGGGCAGGGCUGCGGUGCCUGUCAACAUCCCCUACGGUUUCCACGGGACAUUCAAUGCCACGACGUAG